CACCAACACACUCACCGCCACAGAGGGCACAGUGGCACGCAUGGAUGUGAGGGUUUGUGGCCUCCCCCGCCCAGAGCUCAGCUGGCUCCGUCUCUCCGGCCCGGCCCUCCCCACCACCACCACCACCCCCACCCCCCUGGGUAGUGCCCUGGGUAGUGUCGUGGGUAGUGCCCUGGGUAGUGCCCUGGGUAGUGCCCUGGGUAGUGCCCUGGGGGGUGAGGGCGCCCGCCAGCUGCGCUCCGUGGUGAGCGAGCGUAGCGGCCUCCACUCGCUGCUCGCCGCGCCCUGCGAGAGGUCCCACUCCGGAACGUUUAUCUGCGUCGCCGCCAACACCGCCGGCACCGCCUCAACGCUGCUGCGGCUGCGGGUUCUGCCCCGCCCAGUGCUCACCCCGCCGGAGUUCCACCAGCGCCUGGUGAGCGUGGUGGUGAGGAGUGGUGAGCGAGCAGAAUUCCGGGCCAGAGUCACGGGCACGCCCAGACCCAGCGUCGUGGUGAGGAAAGACAACCAAGCCCUGUGUGGUGAGCGGGUGAGGGUGAUGGUGAGUGAUGGUGGUGAGAUCACCAUCGUGGUGAGCGACGUGGUGGUGAGCGAUGCUGGCUGGUUCACGGCGUCGGCCAUCAACUCGGCAGGGAGUGCUCUCUCCACUGCUAGACUGGACGUCGUGGAGCCCCGCCCCCUGUACCACGUGGGGGCUUCUGGCCACGCCCCACGCCUCGCGGCCCCGCCCCCAAACUCCCCUUACGCCGCCCUCUCAAAGUUGGGGUUGGACGUUCGAGCGACGUUCGGGCGACGUUCGGCAAACUUUGGGGCGACAUUUGGCUCCAUGCCGUUGGUUGAGAGUGAGGAGCUGUAAGCACUCACCCACCUCACUCACUCACCCACUCACUCACUCAUCCACUCACUCACUCACCCACUCACUCACUCACCCACUCAC